AUGGAUCAUCUGAACACCUCCAGCAACCAAUCGGACUUCAGCAGCAUCUUCACCAAGCAAGUCCUGCCCCCACUCUACCUCACCAUCUUCAUUGUGGGCCUGUGUCUGAAUGGAGUGGCCGCCUGGAUCUUCUUCAGGGUGCUGGCAGACUCAGGUCUGGUGGUCUACCUGAAGAACAUAGUGGUGGCUGACCUCCUCAUGCUGUCCUCCUACCCCUUCAGGGUGGUGGCUAGCAUGGGCUUUGGCGGCGGGUACCUCCAAGCGAUCAGCUGCCGCUACACUGCUGUGCUCUUCUACUUCUCCAUGUAUGUCGGGAUCCUCUUCAUCGGCUUUAUCAGCCUCGAGCGAUAUGUCAAGGUGGUCCACCACACGCCAUCUUCUUCCGCAUCCUCCUGCAGGUCCAGAUUUCAUGGGGUGUCCAUGCUGCAGCGACUGCAGAGCCCAAAGUUUGCUCGCAUGCUGGCACUGCUCACCUGGGGGCUCCUCCUCCUGUGCUGCCUGCCUAACGCCAUCUUAACGAACUGGCCGGUAAAUAAAGAUAAGCUCUCGAAUUGCAUGAAGCUGAAGACGCCGCUGGGCAAGCAGUGGCACCAGGUGUCCUCUUUCGUCAGUGUGUCCCUGUUCUGGGUGACGAUGGUCUCUGUGGUCUUUUCCUACACUUCCAUCGCCCGCCAGGUGUACAAGUCGUACCGCCGGGUGCGCCAAGACAACGGCGACAUCUGCCGCAGGUCCAACCGGAGCAUCUUCAGCAUCCUGGCGGUGUUCUUCAUCUGCUUCGUCCCGUACCACGUGUGCCGCGUGCCCUUCACUCUGAGCCAGAUGCCGUGGUCUGGCUUUAGCUGGGACGUCCGCUUCCUGCUUUACCAGAUAAAGGAGGGGACGCUCUUCCUGUCAGCACUGAACGUCUGCCUCGACCCUGUGAUCUACUUCCUGAUGUGCCGCACCUUCAGAGAGUCGCUGCUGAGGAAACUGUCAGGAAGAAAAAGGAGGAGGUCCCUGACCACGGCACAGAGUCUCAGCAACAUCUAG